GUCACCAGACGCUUUACAUCGUAGGAUGGCGGACAGUCUACCCACAGAAUUUGAUGUGGUUAUAAUAGGGACAGGUUUGCCUGAAUCCAUCCUUGCAGCUGCAUGUUCAAGAAGUGGUCAGAGGGUUCUGCAUAUUGACUCAAGAAGUUACUAUGGAGGAAACUGGGCUAGUUUCAGCUUUUCAGGAUUGUUAUCCUGGUUGAAGGAAUAUCAACAAAACAGUGAUGUUGGGGAAGAAAGUACUGCUGCCUGGCAAGAACUGAUUCAUGAGACAGAAGAAGCCAUCGCUCUUCGCAAGAAGGAUGAAACCAUUCAACACGCAGAAGUUUUUUGUUAUGCCAGUCAGGAUGUGGAGGACAAUGUUGAAGAGAUUGGUGCUCUGCAGAAAAGUCCUUCCUCAGUGGCAUCUAGUACUCUCACUGAAUUUCUGGAUUCUGCAUCCUUGCCUGAAGAAAAGCACUCAUCAUAUUUUACUGGCUACGAAAUGGCUGCCAAACACCCUCAGAAAAGUGAUAGAGAGAUUGCACUAGAAGUAACUGAUGUAGAGGAAUCGUUGGAGGAAGGAAAGGACUGCGGAGGUAAAACUUGUAUAUAUACUGUUUCAGAGGGAGAUAAAGAUGAAAACAAACCUACAGCAGAAGACAACACUGAUCAGCCAAAGAAAAGUAGGAUUACUUACUCUCAAAUAGUUAAAGAAGGCAGGAGGUUUAAUAUUGAUUUGGUAUCAAAGCUGCUGUAUUCUCAAGGAUUGCUAAUUGAUCUUUUAAUCAAAUCAAAUGUUAGCCGUUAUGCAGAAUUUAAAAAUGUCACUAGGAUUCUUGCAUUUCGGGAAGGAAAGGUAGAACAGGUGCCUUGUUCCAGAGCAGAUGUCUUUAAUAGCAAGGAACUCACUAUGGUGGAAAAGAGGAUGCUAAUGAAAUUUCUCACAUUUUGUUUAGACUAUGAACACCAUCCUGAUGAAUACGAAGCUUUCAAGCAGUGUUCAUUUUCAGAGUACUUAAAAACUAAAAAAUUAACUCCCAACCUCCAACAUUUUGUACUGCACUCAAUUGCAAUGACAUCAGAAUCAUCUUGCACUACAAUCGAUGGCCUUAAAGCAACAAAAAACUUCCUUCAGUGUCUUGGACGAUUUGGUAACACUCCCUUUUUAUUUCCUUUAUAUGGCCAAGGAGAAAUUCCCCAGUGUUUCUGCAGGAUGUGUGCAGUUUUUGGUGGAAUUUAUUGUCUUCGCCAUAAAGUACAAUGCUUUGUAGUUGACAAAGAAUCUGGACGAUGUAAAGCAAUUAUAGAUCACUUUGGUCAAAGAAUAAAUGCUAAAUAUUUUAUUGUAGAGGAUAGUUACCUUUCUGAGGACACCUGCUCAAAUGUGCAGUAUAAGCAGAUCUCUAGGGCAGUGCUCAUUACAGAUCAGUCUGUGCUAAAGACAGAUUCAGAUCAGCAGAUUUCCAUUUUGAUAGUGCCUCCAGCAGAACCAGGAGCUUGUGCCGUUCGGGUCACAGAAUUAUGUUCUUCAACCAUGACGUGCAUGAAAGACUCCUAUCUGGUACAUCUGACGUGUUCCUCUUCUAAAACAGCGAGAGAAGACUUAGAAUCAGUGGUGAAGAAAUUAUUCACCCCAGAUACUGAAGCAGAAAUAGAUAAGGAAGAACUUACAAAGCCAAGAAUCUUGUGGGCUCUUUAUUUUAAUAUGAGAGAUUCCUCGGGAAUCAGCCGAAGCUCAUAUAACGGCUUGCCUGCCAAUGUGUAUGUCUGCUCUGGGCCUGAUAGUGGACUGGGAAACGAGCACGCGGUUAAGCAAGCUGAAACACUUUUCCGGGAGAUCUUUCCGAGUGAAGAAUUCUGCCCCCCACCUCCAAAUCCAGAGGACAUUAUCUUUGAUGGUGAUGAUAAACAAUCAGACACUCCUGGAACCAAUAAUAUAAUAAUGGCCAAGCCAGAAUCCUCCGAGGAAAGCAAAAACCUAGAAAGCCCCGGGAAGCACCUUCAAAAUUAGAAAAAAACAAACUGGAAAUGCUACUUUGGGCAUUCAUCCUGGCAUCUGAAUAUUCUCAUUUAAAGGACAGUAUCCCGUAUGAGUAAUUAGAAGUGGUUGUUUGAUGAAUUCUAUGCAGAUAUUGUCUUUAACUCUAUUUGAGACAUUCAGCAUUGGAUGUCUUUGUUAACCUGUAACUGAUUCAUUGGUUAUUGGACACUUUGUUUCAGAAUGGUCUCCAUGAUCCAGAAUCUUAAAACAGAAUUAGCUUUAUUUUAGGUAUUGGGUCUAUAUGUGAGGGUUCCAUAUUAGCAACUUUGCUUAAAGGAAGAUAAUAUUAUAUCUGCUAAUGAUCUUCAGAUUUUAUUAUUGUCUACAGAAUAAUUAAUAAUAUCUAAGGAAUAUUAAUUACUUUUUCAGGUAUUACAGUUGCUACCACCUCUGAAUAGUGAAACACACACAAAUAGUAAGUUAUGUGUGUCUUUUGUAUAUAAUAUAAACAUGUAGACAUGGUGGUAGGAAUAGCACCUAAUACAAGUGCCAAUAUGAUAAAAUACAUAUAUAGAUGAAAAGAUUGUUAAAAAAUUAGCUUUGCAUGAUCCUUUAUUCUUUGUGACAGUUUGAUGUUUAUAAGACAUUUUGCAGUUUAAUUCACCUACUUGACCCUUGUAACCGGUGAGGCAAUGACACCACCACAGUCUUGCACUUUACAAGAGUUGGAGUUCAACUAGCAGUUAAAAAGCUUAUUUUGGGGAGUUUUGUGCCAAAGAAAGUCUAAAGGAUAGGAUUAAUUCUCUAUUAAUACUUCACCUAUAAGGAAAGAACUUCCAACAAGUAACUCAGGCCAAAAGGAAAAAUAAAGUGCCCCAGGAAAAGAUACUUCAGAAUGACUGUUGUGAAAUUCCUAAGGAGAAACUGAAUGAGGAAUUUUUAACCUGGGAUUACAGAUGGUUUAAAAACCCUUUGUGAAUAGGUUACCCAGCUCUCUAAGUGAGGGUGAAACCUAUGUUGGCUCUACCGCUUUAGUUAGUGACGUUAACUACAACUGAUAGGAGUGAAUCAAAGUGGGAUUUACUACAUCCCUUUUGUUUUGUCUCAGCCCACAAAUACUGAGGUAACCUUCAUAAUCACUUCUACUUCUUGGCUGCUUGUUUAUUUAUUUAUUUAUUUUUUUGAAAUCCAGCCCACUCCAGAACAAUACUUCCGAACCUCUUGGCUGUUUAAUCUAGAGGGUUGAAACUUUUUUCUCCCGGACCCACCAGAAGCCAUAAAACUGGUUGUACUCCAGUGGUGAAAACCUGCAGAGCUGUCAGAAGAGCUGAACUUCCUCUUCCUUUAGCUGUGUAUCCAUUUUCAGACAGAAUGGUGAAGCUCUUCAUGCUGGCUUUUGUCCAGUAACACAGCAUUUAUUUUGUGGACUUAAUAUCGUGCUUUCUUUUUACAGUUUCUCAACAGUCCUGUGAAGCAGAUAUCAUAGCGUACACUUUCAAAGAGGAAAUAGAGAAUUAUUAAUAAUUUGUUGAGAGUCUGGUGUGUGGAAGAGCCAACAUUAGAACCCAGGCUUUCGUGAUUCUAAAACCCUUGAUGUUUCCCCUUAUGUUCACUGUUAGAAGAAUGUAGGCACGGUCGGAGAAGGGAACGGUGUCCAUGAAAAUCAGUCUAGCAUUGCUGGGGAAGAAAAGCAGGCAGAUACUGGUCUUGCAGCUUGAUAUUGAAUCAGAGAAA